GUCGUGGGCAACUGCCAGCUAGGCUGCUUCGCCGGAGACUUUGUGCUUCCAGGUGGUGCGACUGUCUCUCACCCGGACCUGGUCAGUGGCUUCACAGCCGAGCCGGACUGCCCGCUGGGCUAUGCAGUAGGCAAGGUGACGAUCGUGUGCGUGAACGGCAACAUGGAGGUCCAGAGCGGAACCUGCGAUGCCCACUGCCAGGCCGGGCGGUUUAUGGGUCCGACUGGAUACUUGGUCAACCACCUAAAGAUCCAGCACAAUGAGACGCGACUGGUUGCCUGUCCAGCAGGCUACAUCGGUCAGCUCCGACUCCGGUGCCUUGCUGGGGCCGUUGGCAUCGAAACGGGCCAGUGCUUGCGCAACUGUAUCGAGGGUGCCACAGCCUUGAGGGAUGACGUGAUUUUUGGCUACGACGACAUGGAGCAUGGAGAAGUUAGCCGGGAGAUGAAGUGCCCUACAGGCUACGUCGGCUCUGUCCGUCUGCUCUGCACGGAUAGUGUUGUGUCUGUAGCUUCCGGCCAGUGCCUGGCCCACUGCGGCGCCGGCGUUGCUCAGGGAGCCGAGUACUUCGGAUUGGAACACGAAGACUUCGUUUCCAUUGUUUGUCCGGAGGUCGGUGAGAUCAAAGUUCGCUGCUUUGACGGCGAGGUGGAGGUCGUUGAAGGUCAGUGUUUGUAUGGCUGUGCGGCGGGUACUGUUGUUGAUGCCAACGGUGUGGAUCUUAGGUACCCUGCCUUUCCGCACGGCACCAGGAUCAAUGGCACCUGCAGUGGCCUCGGUGUGGGCACGGUGGAGUUGCAUUGCAACAACACUGUCGUGGCUUUAGCUGGUGAGGGCACCUGCCAAAGGCACUGCCCUCCGCAAUUCACCGAGUCCAGGGACGGGUCGAACGUCUCCGUGCCCUACAUCGAGCAUUUGCAACAGGCCUCCGUGCAGUGUCCCAAUGGUCAGGCCGGCGUUUUGGCAGUGCGCUGCACGGACUUCGUGUCUUCGGUCUUCGACGGAAUUUGCGGCGACAUGAACUGCCGAGCCGGAGAGGUCAACACAAACGGUGCACUGGUUGCAUAUCCUGCCAUCAACGACAAGCGCAAUGCUGGACCAGGAGAUUGCGGCGAGGAUUUUCUGGGAGAGCCAGUGUUCUACUGCAGUGAUGGCAUCGUGUCUGUCCUGGCCGUGAACCUGAUCCGACAGCCGCGCAUUCCCGGCAUCGACAACGUGAGCGAAAUAGGCUCGAGUUACAACUUCACCGAGGAGGAUCGCUUCAAGCUCUGCGGGUGCUGCAGUCCACCCCCGGAUCUGCCGGACAUCGCAGCACUGGAGGGCCUGGACUCCAUGGUCGUGAUCUAUUGGGCGGUGGCAGUUGGAGGAGCUGGCUUUCUUGUAGCCACCGCAUCCGGGUAUUGGAUCUACAAGAAGAGGCCACCGAAGGUGAGCAAGGUCACCCCGGAGGAUGGGCUGGGAGCUGGAUCUUCGCUCGCGAUCCAGGACAACCCGCAGCUCACCAGCAAGGAGCUUGCCCUCAGAGAUGCUGCGAUGUCCGAGCGGGAUUUGGCGCUUGCGCUCAAGGACGUGCCUGCCCGGCCUGGGCUGCAGGACCGGCCGCGCCUUUUGCGGGGGAUGAGCGAAGAGCCAUGA